UGAAUUGAACUGAAUAUUUCCUUGGAAAGGGGCAAUCACAAUUAUGGACUACAUGUUUGCUGAAUUUUGGUAAUCGCAAGUUGGAAAACACAAGUUUUAAAAAGUGGAAUAGUGUGCACUGUAAUUCUUUCACCAUGAUGAAAAAGUGCAAAGUCCUCUACGACUUCACGGGCGAAGCGGAGAAUGGGGAGUUGACGAUAUACGAGAAUGAGGUCCUACAGAUUGUCCGUCAGGACGUCGGCGAGGGAUGGUGGGAGGCUCGGAACCCCUCCGGCCAGCUUGGCCUGGUUCCAGAGGCAUACGUUGAGAUGAUUGAGGACAAUCAAGGCAGCCGUCAACUCACAACACAGCAAAGUACAGUUUCACAAGAAGACGAUUGGGAUGACGAAUGGGAUGACAGAGCUAGCCAAUCAAGCUAUGAUGCUCAGCAGCAGCAGGAAGUUACCAAUAGCAAUAGUACACAGGAUUCAGGUUUGAACGGAAAUAACUACGGGCUUUCAGCACCAAACCGACAAUUCAAACAGAGGAACCAUGAAUCAACGGUCCGGUCGGGGACGGUCAAAAAGAACUUUGCCAGUCGUUUCUCAGUAUUUGCGAAGACGGGGGGAGAGGCAUAUUUAUUGGGAGCAGCAUCGAAGAAAGGAGCAUCGCCAGAUGGAAAUAUCAGAAUUAUUGAAGCAGAGGAUGGUCCAAGGUGGGAAGAGACGGUGGAUAAAUACACAUGCGAGAUUAAGAACCCCAAGAAAGAAAGCAAACUGAAGGGAAUGAAAAGCUUCAUCGCCUACCAAGUUACACCAUCAAAUACUGGCAUUCGGGAGCGGAGAUAUAAACAUUUUGACUGGCUGUACGAGAGGCUAGCGGAGAAGUUCACACUUAUCAUUGUUCCACCACUCCCAGACAAACAAGUAACAGGUCGUUAUGAGGAAGCUUUCAUUGAGAAGAGAAUGGAUCAGCUACAGAGGUGGAUGAACAGAAUGACCGCACAUCCUGUGAUUGGGCCUAGUGAUGUCAUGAUGCAUUUUAUUUCAUGUACAGACGAAAAGCUCUGGAAACAAGGGAAGAGGAAGGCAGAGAAGGAUGAAUAUUUAGGAGCAGCUUUCUACCAAAACAUUGAACCCCCUUCCAAUAAUCUAGACCUUGCAACCAUUGAGAGGCAGCAUGACACGUUCACGCGUUUUACCAAGAGCUUCGACACCAGUGUGGCACAGAUAUCACAAGUUAUACACGACUACAGCAAGAAACAUUUAGGACCUUUCAAGAGAGAAUACCAGAAAAUCGGCAAUUCCUUCACCGAGUUAGCAACGACCUUUAACCUCGAUAACAGGCCGAAAUCCGUUCAACUGACGGAAGCACUCAACUUCACCGGAAAGACGUACGAGGAGAUCGGACAGCUGUUCUACGAGCAACCGAAAUACGACCUUCAUCCGUUUGAAGAUUUCUUGAAGGAAUACGGCGGAAUGAUGUCAUGCUUUCCCGAUAUGAUACACUUUCACAAGCACACGAUACAGACGGUUAAAGAAUGUCAGAAGCAGCGAGAAGAACAGAAGAUGGAUUUUGAGGAAGCCGAGGCCGUCAAGCGACGAGCUGAUGUCAUCUCUUAUGCAAUGAUGGCGGAGGUGAACCACUUUCAUCGGGAGCGUGUAGAAGACUUUAAGUGGAUGAUGCAAGUCUACUUGAAGGAACAAAUCAAAUUUUACAAGAGCCUCACGAUCAAGCUGGAAGAGGCCCUUCAAAAGUACGACGAACUUGAUCGGUAAAACCAUCUCAAAUAUCUCACGCAAGAAAGGAAUGAACUUAUAGCGACAGACCCGGAGUGCUUCGGUCUGUGGCGGAACUCGCUCGCUCGCAUGCCAUGGUGUUAACUCUUGAUACUUUCAUCUAUCAUUCAAUCAUUAAACGGAUGACUCAACAGAGGAUAUACUGCCUUGAUCAGGAUGGAGGGAUGUACAACUUGGACAGAACCAGAUGAGGAACCGUGCCAUUAAGCCCAGGGGGGUGUUUCACAAAGAUUCGAGCAUGACUUCGAGCCGCACUUCAAUGCUGACACAUACAUGAUACGAAACGCGCAAUCUUAUUGAUCGAUUCGCAGUAGUGCGCAUUCUCAUGGCAUGAUCUGUUUCACAAAGAUUUGAGUAUGACUUCAAGCCGCACUUAAAUGCUGAUGCAUACAUGACAUGAAACGCGCAAUCUUAUUGAUCAAUUCGCCGUAGUGCGCAUUCUCAUGGCAUGAUCUGACCAAUGCGGUGAUGUCUUGUAUACCGCACGUAACUAGGCAUUUUAGUCAUACUGAACUCUUUGUGAAUCACCCCCCCCC